GCUAUGUGGGAUUAUCAUAUAUCAUAUUUCAACGGUCAGGAUUGAUCCCGACCGUUCGAUGAACCCCCAUCCAGGUGGUUUGUAAACUACGUCAUGGGGAGUGAUCCAGUGCGGGCUUCGCCUUUGAAGCAACGGUGCGCCCGAAGCGACACCUGAACAAUAUUCACCUAAUAUCGAUUAUCGAAGAACUGUCUGCUUCCGCCCGCACUAUUCUUUUUACUUCUUCCCAGUUCGCAGAAACUACAGAAUAGAUCAAUCGAUUCGCGGUUUGGUCAACAAAAAGUGAAUCUGCAUAAGUUGUAGUCAACGUUUUCCUCCAUGGCUAGGAUAAAACCUCAGACUCUACUGCUUCAAAGCAAAAAGAAGAAGGGGCCUACUCGUAUUAGUGUCAGUACUAUUAUUUUGUGCAACUUGGUUGUCGUGUUGAUUGUAUUGUCCUUGGUUACUACCUAUCGACACUGGUCUCAAAGGUCGAGGGACCAAGCAGGGGUUAGGCUAUCAGCUCUCGAGGACAAUGAUGUGUUUGUGGACUCAAAAAAGUAUGAGCUUCCAAGUUAUGCUAUUCUAAAUACAUCAAAAGGUUAUAUAACGGUGGAGCUUUACAAGGAAGGUUCUCCGGAGAUCGUGGACAAAUUUCUUGACUUGUGUCAAAAGGGGCACUUCAAAGGAAUGCUUUUUCAAAAUGUAAUAAAGCAUUAUGUCAUUCAAGCCGGAGAUGUGCAUGGACUUGGAGCUGCUGAAGAUUGGACAUCAAAAUGGAAACCCAACGGUCACUUGGCUAUAAGUCCAAAACAUGAGGCAUUUAUGCUUGGAACUUCGAGGACCAAACAACAUAAUGGAGGGUUUGAGCUGUUUAUCACAACCGCACCAAUACCAGAUUUGAAUGAGAAGCUUUUUGUGUUUGGACGGGUGAUCAGGGGGCAGGACGUCGUGCAGGAAAUUGAAGAGGUGGAUACGAAUGAGCACUACCGACCUAAAUCUCCAAUAGUGAUUUUCAAUGUUGCACUAAAACGUGAAAUUUGAAGGCUACUCUGCUGGUGUACAAAUUAAUCUCCAUGAUUGCCGCGGUGCCCCCAUCAGAAACCUCAGCCUGGGACAUUUGUGAACAUGCUUGCCAAAGUUAUGUUUUCCAAAAUUUUGUCAUGUGGGUUGGGUGGGGGAAGGAAUUGAAACACGAGCUUGAAUUGUUUGUAGAAAAUGGAGGUUUUGUAUCUGGUUUUGCAAGACACAGCAUCUGCUUCAUUUCAUAGGGCUUAUCUGCCUGCUGAAAUGUAUGCUCAUCAUUUUGUUUACAUUUGAGCUGAUUUUAGUUCCUCUUGAUUUAUUUAGCCUUACUUUUUUUUU